UAUUUUAGGAUGGAACAAGGAUGUCUAGAUUUAAUGAAAAUGGGGAAUUAAUGAAGUACCUAUAUGAAGAUGUGAAAACUACAUAUGAUGCUUUUCAAAGAGGUUUAAGAUUAUCAGGAGAUGGGCCAUGUUUAGGCACAAGAACAGGACCAAAUUUGGAGUAUGUUUGGAUAACUUAUAAGGAGGUCUUCGCAAAAUCUCGAGCAUUUGGUUCUGCAUUAUUGGCUCGUGGUUUAAAACCAAAUGAUUCAUCAUUAAUUGGAAUCUACAGUGUUAACAGGCCAGAGUGGGUGUUCACAGAGCAGGCAUGUAGCAUGUUUUCCAUGGUAUCUGUGCCUCUGUAUGAUUCUCUCGGACCUGAUGCAUGCAAAUACAUCAUCAAGCAAGGUGAUAUUGCUUAUGUUGUUUGUGACACUGCACAGAAGACCAAAAACUUGUUGGCCAAAGCAGACCAGUGCCCCUCCCUGAAAUGCAUAAUCAUGAUGGAGUCACCCUCAGAGGAACUCAAGUCUGAGGCAGCCAAGCAUAAAAUUGAACUCACUCAGUACAAGGACUUCUUGGAACUUGGUGAGAAAAAUCUUCAAGAACCAAAGCCUCCAAAAGGAUCAGAUAUGGCUACAAUUUGUUACACUAGUGGAACAACAGGUGAUCCCAAAGGUGUGAUGUUGACCCAUGCCAAUCUCAUAUGUAACAUGUCAGCUGUUGCUUUUAUGGCUUUGAAAGCUGUUUCAAUAGACAACAAUGAUGUUCAUAUUUCAUAUCUUCCCCUUGCCCAUAUGUUUGAAAGAGGAAUGGAGAUUAUCUGUUUCAUGCAUGGUUGUAGAGUAGGAUUUUUCCGUGGUGAUGUGAAACUAUUGACAGAAGACAUGCAGGCAUUGAGACCUACACUCUUUAUCACUGUACCACGACUUUUAAAUAGAAUCUAUGACAAGAUUUUAAACAAUGUACAAGGCAGUGCAAUCAAGUCAAAGCUGUUGGAAUGGGCAGUGGCAUCAAAAUCUUGUGAGGUUGAAAGUGGUAUUGUGAGGAAAAAUAGUAUCUGGGAUAAGCUGGUGUUUGGGAAAGUACAGACAUUAUUGGGAGGUAGAGUGAAGAUCGUCAUCACAGGUUCUGCUCCACUAGAGGCCAAAGUUUUCAAAUUCAUCAGAGCAGCAUUUGGUUGUGUGGUAAUGGAGGGAUAUGGACAGACAGAAGCAACAGCUGGAAUCACAUUCAGUAUACCAGGGGACCCAUCAACGGGCCAUGUUGGUUGCCCUCUUCCUUGUGCCAAAGUAAAACUGGUUGAUGUGCCAGAAAUGGAUUAUUAUUCAAAGGAUAAUAAAGGAGAGAUUUGCAGUUACAGUCCCAGUACCUUCAUUGGAUAUUUCAAGAAUGAAGAGAAGACAAAGGAAACUAUAGAUGAUGAUGGCUGGCUUCACACUGGAGAUAUUGGACAGUGGUUACCAAAUGGAACACUGAAAAUCAUUGAUAGAAAGAAGAACAUAUUUAAACUUUCACAGGGAGAAUACAUUGCUACAGAGAAGAUAGAAAAUUGUUAUACCAGAAGUAGAUUUGUUGCUCAGGCAUUUGUAGAUGGAAACAGUCUAAAGAACAAUGUGGUGGGGAUAAUUGUUCCAGACCCAGAGGUCAUGCCAGGAUGGGCCAAAGAACAGGGAAUCUCACCAGACAUGGUAGAACUGUGUAAAAAUAAGAAAGUCAAAGAAAUGAUUUUUAAGGACAUAAUAAGAGUGGGAAAGGAAGCUGGACUGAAGUCAUUUGAACAGGUUGCAAACAUUCAUCUUUUUCCCGAACUGUUCUCCCUUGAGAACAACUUGCUGACACCCACAUUUAAAAACAAAAGACCAAUUCUAAGGAAGAAAUUUCAGCCUGUGAUAGAUGAACUGUAUGCUGAAUUUGAAAGAUGAAUUUUUAAUAAACUUUGUGAAGGAUGAAAUGUUGAUACUGUUUAUUUUCAAAAGAAAGCCUUUAUGAAGAUAAUUUAAACUAGUAUUUACUUAAUCUAUCAAUUGUGUAUUAGUCUGUUUAUAUAAAUGUUUAGAUAGGACAGCUAUGUUCUAAUCAAAAACCCUACAUAUUUUUAGGGACAAUAACUACAGUAAUAAUAUUCAAAGUAUAGUGGCAAAAUGUAUGAACAAUUUUUAAUUGCACAAUAUAAGGAUUGUACAAAUUUUAGUA